AUGGCUCAAAUGAUGCAAGGCAUGCAGGGACAACAACCUCCUACUCAAGCUCCCGUUCCUCAAGCUGCAGCUGGACCAGACUUUCGUGCCUUCUUCAGGAUGGAUCCUCCAGAGUUCGUUGGUGGACUUGACUCACUUUUGGCUCAUGAUUGGUUAGCUGGUAUGGAGAGGGUGUUUCAAGCUAUUCAAUGUACUGAAGAAGAGAAGGUGAUUUUUGCUACUCAGAAGAUGAAGGGACCAGCUCUUAGGUGGUGGAACACUUCAUCUACUUAUUUCACCACUCAAGAGAUUCCUAAGGAUUGGCAACACUUCAAAGUGGCAUUCUUGGAGAAGUAUUUCCCUAAUAGUGUGAGGACUCAGAAGGAGCGAGAAUUUCAGAACUUCAAACAAGGUGACCUGUCUGUUUCAGAAUAUGCAGAGAAGUUCGAGGACUUGGCAGACUACUCCAGACAGGUUGUUUAUGCUCCAGAUGAACUAUGGAAGAUCGAUCAGUUUAUGAUGGGUUUGAGGGCCGACAUUGCCCAUAGCGUUUCCCAAAGAGAGUUCACCACUUAUGCUGAAUGUCUAAGACAAUGCUAUGUUGCUGAAAACAGUUUAAAGAGGGUUCAGGAAGAGAGGAACCAGAACAGGGCUAAUUUCAGAGAGCAAGGGAGAUCUACUCAAAACUUGAGGCCCCGUAAUCCUCCACCAAAGAUGAAGCAAAGCCAUGGUGACCGUUUCCCCCGACCACCCUUUUGUGAUAAGUGUAGGAGGAAGCACACUGGAAAUUGUGAAGUUUAUCCUGUCAGAUGUUUUGAGUGUGGCGAGCAAGGUCACGUGAUGAGGAAUUUCCCGAAGAAGGGAGCUCCAGGAAAGACUGCAGGUCGUGUUUACACUUUGGAUUCAAGGAAGGCCAAGGGAAACAACAAUCUUAAUGCGGGGUUAGCAACUUGA